AUGAAGUGCAACAUCGCCAUGUCCCGGAGGUCAGCCUCGCUGACCAGCGUGGCCUUCAAGAGGAUGAGCAUAGCUCCGACUCGUUGUGAGAGCUUCCGUCCUCGCUUCUAUGCCUCGGACUCCAAUUCCCUUCUUGCUCAGGAGUUCACCAUCAACGGAGAUCGACUAUGGGGCGAUAUCCACUACACAGCGCAAUUCAGUCUCCCGUCCCCCGGAGGUGUUACUCGUCUCUCAGCCACCCCCGAGGACAAGAUGGCCAAGGAUUGGUUUCGCGAGCAGGUAACUGCCUUGGGAGCCGAGUACCAGGUCAAUGGCACAGGGUCCCAGUUUGCUCUAUUUGACUGGGGUGAUAGGAGCAUUCCCCCGAUUGCCAUGGGCAGCCACCUCGAUAGCGUUGCCACUGGUGGAAAGUUUGACGGACCCCUAGGUGUCAUUGGAGGACUUGAGGUCAUCCGCAGUAUGAAGGAGCAGGGCAUCAAGACAAAGGCCCCCAUCGCCCUCAUUAACUGGACCAACGAGGAGGGAGCUAGAUUCUUCCCUCCCCUCGGAUCUUCGUGCGUCUAUGUAGGACGGUCGACACUCGAAGAGGCCCAAGCCUCAGUAACCCACGACGGCUCUGGUGUGACUCUGGGCGCUGAAUUGGCCAAGAUUGGCUACAUUGGCGACGGGCCCAACACGUUUGAGGAGUUCCCCAUUUCAGCCCACUUUGAAAUCCACGUCGAGCAGUACACCGACCUAGAAAAGGCCGGGAAGCCUGUCGGAUGGGUCAAAGGCUGGCAGGGCAUGGUGUGGUACUUUGUCAACCUCAGGGGCGACGACGGCCACGCCAACACAUACCCCAUGUACGGACGUCGUGAUGCCCUCAUGGGUGCGGCUAAGAUCAUCACCGAGCUGGAGAAGCUCGCUUAUGACAAUGGUGGCUCCACCACGGCCACCAACAUUCGCAGCGGGCCGUUAGGCUCGUGCAACAUCCAGUCCGACGUGCACCUGGCCUUCUGUCUCAUGCAUGUGGAGCAUAGCGGAAUGAAGGCUAUGAGCUCCGCCGCCGAGACUAAGAUGAAGGCCAUUGCCGACAUGCACGGCCUAGAGAUGAGGUACCACCGUGACCUAGACCUUCCGCCUGGUGAGUUUUGGCCCGAAGCCGUCGAUUGUGUGCGUCGGGCUUGCGGCGACGAUGGCAUCGAGUCCAUCACCCGUACAGCUCACGACUCCACCAUGAUGACGACGCUCGUCCCCACUGCCAUGGUAUUUGCCCGUGGAAAGGACGGGAUCAGUCAUUCGGCUAAGGAAUGGACUUCCAAGGAGGACUGCGCCAAAAGCUGUGAGGUUUUGGGCAAGUCAGUGCUCAACUUUGACCACUACAUCCAGACUAAGUAG